UGUCUACAACAUUUGCAACUGAUAUUGCGUUCGCGAAAUCAGACGUAUCGACCAAUAUAAAUGAACGUGUUCUGCAUACGCGUGGCCCUAACUUAGGACAUUAGCCCUAUUGAAAUUAACAUUGCACCGAGACCUUGGAAUUAGGACCUGUGCGUGUGAGCAGUGGCCCUUAACUUUCCUGGGCGAGGCUCCCUGUCGGGCCGCCCGAGUCCUGAGGAUGGAGGAGGCCGCGAUGGGCGAGGAUUCUCAACCUUUACCGGGUCUUGAGGAAAGCGGAAGGACUGACAAGGCCUGCUACAACUGUAAGACGACACGGACGCCACUGUGGCGAAAAGAAGGCCCAUUCUGUUUAUGCAAUGCUUGUGGCAUCUACUUCAAGUCCCGAGGAGUGCAUCGGCCCGUGGAAUUAAUAAAGGCGCAGCAGAACCACACCAAGAGAGUCUACAGCGCUGGUGCUGGGCCCGAUGGCAGUCGCGCGCGCAUGACAGCGAGCCAGGUCAUCCGCAAAUCCUCUCGCAAGCGCCAUGUUAAAGUUAUGUUUGGAGACGAGGAGACGGACACAGACCAGAUGCGGCCAGCGGGAGCCCCGGUCGCCAGGCAUACCGACGAGGCCAGCCGCCUGCACCCGCAGUCCGCUUGGAGGCUUGCCUACGGAAGCGGACAUGGCCGGCAGCAGUUCCCCGGCAGGCCGCCAGGUUACGGCUAUGGCCAGGGCCCCUCCCACUACCUCUCCCCUGAUGAAGACCCACAGCUCGAUACGGACUAUGGCGGCCUAGGGGAGGGUGAGGGACUUCCAUAUCACAUGCAGCAGCAGCUUCGCGGCAGCAGGCGCGGUGACGAGUCGGCGGGUGGCGGCUCAGACGGCAGCGACGGCGCGCCCGUGAGCCCCGCCCAGAGCAGUGGCGAGGAGGAGACGGAGGAGCUGCGGGAGGAUGACGAUUUUGGGGUAGCCAACUUCCUCCUAAACCUGCGUUUGCGAGCUGCGGGCGAGCGGUGCGGGCCCCACCACAGGUUGCCGCCUCAGCAGCAGCAGCAGGCGGGUCCCGGCGGCCACGGUGGUAGUGACGGCGGCGCACGGCGUUGCAGCAGCUGCCCCACCAGCAAUGACGAAGUGGGGUUGGUUGAGGAGGCCAAGGGCAAUGGCCUGGGCUGCGCUGCCAAGGCGGAGGAAGCGAGGCGCAGUGAUGCUGCGGCCCCUGGGUCCCUUGUCGUUGUGGACCGCCAAGCGGGUCUGCUGGUGAAGGAGGAACCCCGGGAUGUGGCGGCGUGCCGUGCAAAUUGCACAGCUGCUGACGGCGGCCUUGCUGAGGGCGGAAGACUUCAGGGUGGCGACUGGCGAGAUCGGGUCUGCAAGGAUGAGCCGGGCACCUCCAUGGCUUAUGCUUAUGGCGACGCACAGCAGGCGAGGGCCGACGCCCUAGGACUAGCUCGCCUAAUCGCGGAGGGCCGCCUGCCCGAAGGCUCAUACCGCACAGUGGAGGAGUUGCUUGCUAGCCUGGGUCGCAGCAGUUCAGCAGCAGCAGCGGGGGCGGCAGCGUUGUCUGCUGCACCCCUUCGCUCCGCACCGGCGGCUGUGGCAGCCGGCAGCGGCAGCAGCACCCAGAGUCACGUGAGCCUCGGUGACGCCCAGCGGCACCCCACCCCUCCGCACCAGCCGCCGCCCAGUCCCCCCAGGACUGACUCCCUGGGCCAGGCCAGCGGCGGCUCGGGACCCAGGCUGGGCCCCUGGGCUGCUGCGCGGCUGGGUCUCACUGGUGAUGGUGCUGCUGCUGCUGCUGCUGCUAGCUCACAGGCGCCCUUGCAGGGUCUGGCGGCCCAGCAGGCAGCCAUUGCGACGCACCAGCUGUUGCCGCCGGGCGGCGCACACCUCCGCGAGCACGACCUGCAUUUUGGUCAUGGACCGCGCGCGGGGUCCGUCUUGGAUGCAAUUGAGUCGGGAGCAGGCGGGCCGACCACCAGCGGUGGUGGUGGAGUGGACGGACGCAGCCAGCAGCAGCAGCAGCAACACGGCAUGUCGCUGUCCUUGCAGGGGCUGGCGGGAUGCAGCACAGCAGCAGCAGCGGCGGCGGCGGCGGCGUUGGUGGGAGGAUCUUCUGCGUCCUGCGCUCCCCCGCCUGCCCGGCCCCCCCGGAACCACAAGGGCCCGCUGCUGUGCUCCAACUGCGGCACCACGCAGACGCCGCUGUGGCGCAAGGACCGAGAGACGGGCUGCACCAUGUGCAACGCGUGCGGCAUCUACAAGCAGACCCACGGCUUCAACCGCCCGGUUGGGGCGCGCAACCAGGCGCCGCAGCCGGUAGCUAAGAGGUACCCCGCGGCGCGCACAGCUCAGAUACGCACCAUGCAGAAGGCGCAGGCAGAGGCCAGCCGGGCUGCCGCGGCCGCAGCGGCUGCGGCUGCAGCAGCGGCAGCUGCAAGUGUGGGUGUCAUCGCUGGGGGGCCAACAGCCACAGCUUCAAGCGUCGCUGCAACCGCCACAACUGCCACAACGUCCCACAAGGACCUUGGGGACCGCGUCGCAGAUGGACAGCCGGUACCGCCAGACCGCUCCCUUGCACCUGUCGCCCAUGGCACCACCUGCACCCCUCGCGAGAAUGAUGACGAAGAGCCAGAUGCCCCACGUGUCGCCGGCAUUCACCCUUCCAGUGGCGGCGGCUGCGGAGGAGCUAUGAGCUCGGGUGAGGGGGAGCUGGGGCAGCGGCAGGCGCUAUCAUCACAUGGCCCUCCAGUGCGGGAGCAGCCGGCGGUGUCAGCUACCUCGGAGCAGCGAGGCGCGAGUGGGCGGGGAGGACCCGACCAGGUGCAGAGCGCUGCAGAGGGCGCGACCGCCGUUUUAGGUUCACCCCUGCGUCGCGAGCUGGAGGCGGCUGCACUCAAGCGCGAGAGUCCCCGGGGCAUGGUCCCCGGCCAACACGAUGCGGCUUUGGGGUUGACCGGAGCGGAGGAACCGCAACAACAGCAACAGCAGCAGCGCUCGGAUGGUAUUGUUGAGCUACACCAGCAGCGCAGUCCUCGAGCAGGGUCGCUGGCUCAAGCUGUAGCGGAGCAACUGAAGCAGUUGCGCAGCGGCCUCGGCAAUGGCGAUUCGUUUGGUGGCGACGGUUUUAAGGCGCCGUCGGCGGCGGCUGCAGGAAGGCAGUGGGCGGUCGCUGACGCAAUCGACCUGCAGCAGCAGCAGGCGGAGGCGCGUCGGCGGGACCGGCAGCGACGCGAGCAGGAGGCUGAUGCCGAGGAGAGGGAGGCAGGGCGUCGACAGCCGCCUGCUUCUCUACUUCAGAGCCAUCUAGAUUCGCAGCAACAAGCAAAGGCUGGGGGCGCUACGUUGCGCUAUGCGGCGCCUGGAACCGAGGAGGGUGUACCGCCCUACCUGUUGGCAAUCCAGGAGGCAAACGCUGCAGCGGCGGCAGCUGCCUCGACGCGGGUCCUGCCCUCGGAGGAAGCCCGCAUCGCCCGAACAAGUACCGGUGCCGAUGACCCAGACGUCACUGGUGGCAUCAGCGUGCAGCAACAGCAACAACCGUUACAAAAGCUACAGGAACAGCAGCAGCUGCUGCAGACACUGCAGCAGUUGCAAAGGUCUCACGCACGGCAACCUGUUGCUGACAUGCAGUUGGGUGGAGUGCAGUCCGCAUCAGCCUCGAUGGCUGCGGAUACACCCGCAGCACCUCUUGUCGCAGCAGCGGCGGGGUCGGCCAGUGCCAAGAAGCCCGGUCGAGUUGCAGACAUACCGACGCACCUGGAGGGUUCGACCUUGAAUCUGGCGGCCUCAGACGGCGAAGAGCACGACACGUUGCUGCGGCACAUUAGGCAACAGCUGAUGAAGGCAUGUCAGACGACGCAGUCGCAGGGCGUUGACCAGGGCGCGGUUCCGGAAUUUCUGGCGCAGGUUCGGCGGAUCCAGGAGCAGGAGGAGCAGCAGCAGAGGGAGCAGCAGCAGCGGGAGGAGAUGUUGGCUGCACAGGUUACCCGGCUGCAUGGGGCGCGGGACUUGGGGGCUGCGUUGGAGGCAAGGCAGCACCACCAGCAACAGCAGUCGCUAAGCAGCGUUGCACCUCAGCUGCUGGAGCAGUUGCAGAAGGCGAUCCAGGCCCGGCAGUCCGCAGCUCCCGAGGGGCUCUUUGCGCCUGAGCUGUUGGAGCAGCUGCGACGCAUCCAAGGGCAGGAGCAGCAGCAGCAGCGGGAGCAGCCGCCCCUCGUGCGGCUUGCAGCCCGGCAGCGGCCGCCCCAACUUGAGUUAGACCUGGAGAGGCCGCGGCCGCAACAACCGCAGCAGCUGGGAAGCGGCGCCCCCCGGCUGCAGGCCUUCCGCUAUGGCGCCGAGCUGGACGACCGGGCGCACCGGGAUGUCUUGGAUGACGACUUCAGCAGCACCACGCUGGCAGCGCACAGUGCUCGCAUGCUGCCGCCCCAUCAGCAGCAGCAGUUGCUCCGGCAGCAGCCCCCACGAGAGCAGGUACAUGCCUCUCAGCACCCGCACCACCACCAGCAACAGCAGCAACGUCAACAGGAGCUAGUGCAGCAAACGCUGCCGCGGCCAACCAUGGCUCCAUCCUCCCAUGAACAUCAGCAGCACCAACAACACGCGCUCCACACCCCACGAGCGGCUGACAUGCCCCGGUUAGGGACCAGCCUUCACCUGUCGCCCCAGCAGCAGCAACAACAACAGCAUUCGCAGCACCCUCGCGCGACCACAGUGAUUGUGUCCGGUCACGGCACGCAGCAGCCCCAGUGCGUGCGAGUGCACCCCAAACCCCUCACCCCACGGGAGCUGCAGCACCUGUCCCACCUCCGAGCCGCGGGUGUGACGCUGAGCCAGCACCUGCUAGUCCGCGAAUCAGACGGCGACCGUCACCGUCAUCAGCACCACGAGCACUCCCAGCGACAACAUCAGCAGCAUCACCGGCCCGGGCAGCCUCAGCAGCCGCAGGAGCAGCAGCCGUCGCAUGUGGCAGCACAGCAGGAGCAGCAGCGCGACGCCUCCCGCCACCAUCCUCACCAUCGCCAGCAGCAGCAGCAGCAACUGCUGUCGAGGUCCCAUGUGACGCACCGGGCAGUGCAACCUGAGCAGUCAGCUGCAGGGCCGGCAGCGGCUUCAGGUGCGGGUGCGUCUGCGGCCACCCUGGCUCAGGGUAAGGUCCCAACUGGGGCAACUUCGGCCGCUGCCGCUGCUGCUGCUGCUGCAUUUAUGGAAGCAGCAACAGGUGCAAGGGCUGCGCAGCAGCAACAGCACUUGAUACGGAUGUCGGGGCAAGGCAUUGUUGUGGGUGGUGGUGGCAGCGGCAGUGCUGCCGCUGGCGGAGGUGAGGCGGUGCCGCUGCUGACCUUGCGCCAGGGGAUGGCCUUGGGUCGUGCCGUGCCUGCUUGGCUGUAACAUGGGGAAGACGUGGCUCGCGCAUUGCGAUGCUGUAUCCGUGCGACUGAUUGCGGGUUGAUGAGCGAUGGUGAUGCCUUACCAAGGUGGCGGCCAAUUGCUGCGGCGUUGUGUGUAGAUGGCACAUGGCAGGACUGAGGUUGAUGUCGGGGUGCGAAGCUUGUGAGCUGAUGGUUGAUAGCUUCUCGUCGCAGAGGUUGCUGUCUUUGCUGUUCUUGCUGCUGGAGGUCCUGUGAGCCGCUGGGGUGUUUUGUGUGCCGGUGUGCCCUCCCGUGAUCUGUAACAGUAUGGAAAAAGACGGUACGUGUGCGGUUUUGCGCGUGUGAGACUAGGUGUGUCAUGCGAGCGGGCGACGAUUUUGUACAUACCUGGCGCUGCAUGCGCAAGAACAGAGGGAACCUGUCGGUUGUCUAUACUUCUCUUUUGCCUGUAGGACAGACCAUGCGUUCUACUUUGGGCGUUUCCCAUGUUUUCUGAAGUGCUGUCAUUCCUUUUCUUAACGGCCGUUCGUUGAGCUACGAUGGAACUUGACUUGAAGCGCGCACAACCAACCGCAGAUUGGCGUAUCCUAACCCAUGGGCAAGGCCCAAAGAGUUUACGCACUUUUGACAUGCACGGACACUUGCGAGAUGAUCCUGACUGGUUUGUGGUUACAGGGCGAAUCGACAGUGGAUUUCGUGAUAAGUGAACAUGGCCGGCUGACGCCAACUUUAUGCACCAUUUACACAGUUUUCCUUCAUGCAUCUCUUCGCUCGAAGGGUACAUAGAGGGCACGAAGUAUAUGGCUGUUUUAGCGCUAAUGGUCGGUAUCCCGUUGCCUUAUGGUAACCACCUAGUUAUACAUUCAUUUAUAGCCACAUGGACGUUCCAUGCCUUUUGCGCUGGGCAGACCUAGCACCCAACUUCUCACCGCUUUGCACUCCCGACAUUGUUCGACCUAGUAGGACAUGGUGUACACGUCGGUGGAGACACGUGGACUAACGAGGUUAGACUCCACAUUCCGUAACAGGGCCCUGAGAGGUCUGCCUGUAGCCGAGUUAAUCCAUGAUGGCUGAGUAGUUGACAUGUGCCUACUGUGUUGUUAAACAUCUAAUAAUGGUCUGUUUCUUUUUUAGGUACCUCUUCUAACUUGGUAACAGUUCACUACUAGCGUGAGGCAAUAAAGGUCUUCAUUGCGCAGCUAGCUUAAUCCGCUGCACUUGUAAUUGUACACUGGUGCUUGUACCCGGG